UCGAUGGUGAAGUGACUGAAGUGAAGUGUUGAAGAUGCCGGCCAGCAGUAGACGCAUCACAGCCUACCAGCUGAGGAAGGUGUUUCGGCUAUGUGACCCAGAGGGCACCGGGUUCGUGUCUGUCCAACACCUCACAGAUUUGGCCCUGCAAUACGCCCAGAGCAAGAACGACGCAGAGGAGGUUGCCCAUCUCCUGGACCCGAAGGGGAGAGGGUUCCUGUCGUACCGGGACUUCUGUCUUGGAGUCAACACGCUCAUGGAGAGAGCCGCGGCCGGGAGCGCAGACAGAGAUACAAUGAUGGCUCCCAGUGUGGGGGAGGGAGGCCAACGAUCUCUACCCAACUUCUGCGACGACAGCAGCGCUGAGUCCAACGGCAAGGAGAACAGUCGCUGUUCGAGUCUAUCUGAUGGAGAGAGUUUCGAGUGUUUUGGAGAAGCAGAUAUGGACACUGGAACCCCUCAAAGUUUGAGUGGCGAUGGUUUGCUGAGAAGUCCGCGCAGUGAAGGCCUCAAACGCAACACCUGGUUGCGGACCAGUCUACGACGGACACCAUCCAACAACCACGAAAACCUGCCGAACAGAAGAUGGGGCUCAUUUCGGCAACCAUCUGGAAAGAGACUGGGCAGUAAUGCAUUAGCCAGUCAGUUAUACCGGAGUUCCAGCUUCAACAGCAGUGGUCGUAGCUCCACCUGUGACACUGGGGACGACAUAUACUCUGAUGUGUCACUGGAGGAAGACGUUCUUGAUCUCAACCAUAAGGUGCAGAUGCUACAACAGCAGAUGAGCGUGUUAGCAGACAACCAGAGUCAUACUGACGAGCGUUACACCCGCGCCAAGCAGGACAAUGCUACUCUACAGGCCAGGGUCCUGAUGUUGGAGGAACAGCUGAGAGAGGUAGAGCUGAGGUCCGAAGAGAGGUUGGCAGAGGAGGAGAGGAGACACAGAGAGUUGGUGGCCAGAGUGGACAGAGAGAAACAACUGCAGGUGGAGAACUGUGCCAUCAGGUUACAAACACUGGAGCUAGAGAACAGCUCACUGAAGGAGGAAGCUACUCGGUGUCGCUCGCAGACUGAGAAGCUACGGACUGAGAAGGCGGAGGUGGAGGAACGGCUCGGUGAGAGUCAGAGCGUCGUCUGCUGUCUGCAAGAGGAGGUACACUCUCUCAAGGACCAGGAGAGGAGGCAGAAGGAGUGUGUGCAGGCCAACCAACAGCUGGUGGAGGAGUUGACACAGGAGGUGGAGAGGUUGAGGAGAGAAGUGACGACACUACAGGAGCUCAACCAACACUCCAGAGAGCCACAGACCCAGCUCCAGGAGCAACUGGACUCUCUGCGGCAGGAACACAGAAGUCUACAAGAGGCCCAUGAGGAGCUGCAAGUGGUGUUGUUAUCACGAGGGGUUGAGGAAGGUCGUAACCUCUUAUCAGCAGCCUCUCAAGGUCACAGUCUAGCUGCUGAGCUGGAUGAUAUGACUCAAGAUGAUCCCCUGAGUGAUAAAGAUGAAGACAAGAAGAUGCGUUCAGCCUACAAAGAGUCCCAAGAGGUGAUCACACAUCUUCGCAGAUACAUUGACGACAUACUGCUGCUCAUUGUUGAGAACUGCCCCCGUCUGCUGGAGAAAAAGGGGGGCCCCCCAGCCCCUUGAUGUCUACCCCGCCUACCCCCACUCAUAUGUCGGUACAACUGGCAGAGUGUUGUCGUUGUCGCUUAGUUCCUAAAAACUAUUGUCGGAGACCAUCAGUGUUCGUUAACCUCGAUUAAAAUGGAAAGUGAAAAUUUGGAUUACAAUUUAGUGGGUAGAAUGGAGAAACAAAAUAAACGAAACUUGUUUGUGAAAUAGCAAUUAUGAAGGGUGAAACUUAUAUUUUUUUUAAAGCGCCAUUUCAAAGUUAAGUAAAAUUAUGAGUGAAAAUCUUGCAAAGAAAUAAUUAUCUUAUUAUGAGAAAAUUUCUAAGUGAAUCAUGGUAAGAGGCAAGAAUAGAGAUUAUAUACUUGAAGGAAGGAAAAUAUUAGAAAACAAGCAGGAGGUGAAGGAUUAAUAGAUGUUUUGAGACAUUGUGUGGUUGUUUAACAGCUCUUUUAGAAACAGAAUCUUAUUUCUCAUGAUUCAAAACUUACAUGUAAAAAUAAGCAAUGAAUUGAAAUUUGUUAAACAUAAUCCAUAAUUCUUUGUUUGUCUUUGUGUGGUGUAAUUUAUUUUUAGGUUCAUGUGCAUAGUUAUAAUGAGAAAGUACAAGAAAAGUAAUUUAAUGUUAAAUCUACUGAAUUGGUCAUGUGACAAAACUUUUGUAAAUAUGUUAACGUAACUUUCUGACCAAAGCUAUUUAUGUUGAGCUUUGGAUGGAACCGCUGCCUUCAUUUUGUGAUUGUGUACAUAAGCUACUUACCCCUGUCAGGCGUGUCAAAGUGACUUUUCAUAUGUUUACAAGGCUGUGAUCCUAGUUAAGUGCCACAUUUUUAUUAAAUAUUGGUUUGCAAUCAGUGUUACGACUUCUGUAGUAUGAAUAGUGAAUUUUAUUGUACACCUUAAAUUUUAAUUUAAAAAAUAUUUUAAAAACAAAUACUGUGUAGUAAUGAUUUGUUUGUUUUUUCAACAAUAUGAAAACCAACCAACACUGAUUGCUACAAAUUAUGAAAAUUGUUUUUAUCAACUUUUUGUCAUUUGUGUUUAUUGUUAAGCUUAGUGUAUGUGUUUUAAUCAUUGUUUGGCAAUCAUACUUUUGUAAAGUAUAUAUGUUAUUUUUAUAGUUAGGGCUAGUUUUAAUAGUUAAUUGUGAUUAUGAUGGUUAUAAUAGUUGAAAAUAUUGUUAAUACUUGUUGGGACUUUAAAGUUUAAUAUGAAUCAAAGUAAACCGUUUUUUUUUUAUGAUUUAAAUGCUUAUUGAACUUACUAUUGUUAAUAAUGCUUUCUAUCUCAAAUAAACUGUAAAUGGCUGUAUAUUCUGUGUUGUAAAUAAUAGCUGUAUAUUGUGCAAAUUGCCAUAAAUCUUCUGUAAAUAGAUUAUUUUGGGUGAACAGUGUGAGUAACAUACUUGCUCUGGUUGUCCCAAUCUUGAAAGCUAUAUUUUCAGUACUUAUUUUAUGACAUGUUUAACAAAAUUAAGAUUUCUAAGAUGAAUUUCUCAAUAUACACAGUAACAGUGUUAUUUAUGUAUAUUUUGCACAAUUAAACUAAAAUUCAAAAGCUUA